CCCAUUCUAAACCCUCCCUCCUCUACUCCACAACUCCGUUGUCACUCUCGAUCGAUUCGUCUAGGGAAAUAUGGCGCCGCAUUCGAAGAAAUCACACAGCAUGAAACCUUCUAAGCCAUUGAAUCUACAGGAGCGAUCGAGAGGCACGUUCAAAUCCAAGGGGAAAUCAAAUAAAGUAGAAAAAAACGAAUUUUCCGGAAAAUCAGAGCAUCCCCAGUUCGAAGACGAAGACCCUGAAUUUCCCAGAGGUGGAGCAAGCUUGUUGACUCGAAAAGAAAUGGAUGAAGUGCGAGAGGAAGCAGAUGCCGAGUUUGAGCAUGAGGAGAGGUUGCUGAAAAAGAAAAAGAAGCAACACAAUUUUCAGAAGAAGAACCUUUCAGCGGAAGAGGAUGUAGGUUCUCUUUUCGGGUAUAGUAUCAGUGGGAAAUUACCAAAAUCAGCCAACAGAAUUACUUGGAAGAACAUAUCUCCCGGUAUGAAGCUUUGGGCGGUAAUUGCUGAAAUCAAUGAGAAAGAUAUUGUUGUAAGUCUUCCCGGGGGGCUGCGAGGAUUAGUCCGCGCAUCUGAAACACAUGAUCCUUUGUAUGAUACUGGGGAAAAUGAGCUUGAGACGGAGACCGUUCAUCUUUCUAGCUUAUUUCAUGUUGGGCAACUGGUUUCUUGUGUUGUGUUGCAUUUGGAUGAUGAUAAGAAAGAUGCAGGGAAGCAUAAAAUUUGGCUUUCUCUACGUCUUGGUUUAUUGCACAAGAACUUAACUCUUGAUGCUGUCCAAGAAGGAAUGGUUCUUAGUGCUUACAUCAAAAGCACUGAAGAUCAUGGAUACUUGCUUCAUUUUGGGCUUUCUACAUUUUCUGGUUUUAUGCAUAUAAACAGCUCAUCUGAAACCAAGGAAAUUAAGGUGAACACUGGGCAGAUUGUGGAGGGUGUUGUCAAAAGCAUCGACAGAACCCGCAAAGUGGUUUAUUUAAGCUCUUCUCAUGACCCAAUUGUAAAAAAUGUGACUAAAGACCUCAAGGGAAUUUCAAUUGAUCUUCUACUUCCAGGCAUGAUGGUUAGUGCUAGUGUCUUGUCAGUGCUUGAAAAUGGGAUUAUGCUAUCAUUCCUCACUUAUUUUACUGGAACUGUUGACAUGUUUAACCUACGAAAAACCUUGCCACCUCCAAACUGGAAGGAUGAUUACCCUCAAAAUAAGAAGGUUAAUGCACGGAUAUUAUUUAUAGAUCCAUUGACUCGAGCUGUGGGUUUGUCCUUGAACCCUCACCUGGUCAAUAAAAAGGCCCCGCCUACGCUGGUUAAAACUGGCGAUAUCUUUGAGCAAGCAAAGGUGAUCAGGAUUGACAAGAAACUUGGUCUUCUCUUGGAACUUCCCUCUUCUCCUGUCCCCACUCCAGCAUAUGUUUAUGUGUCUGAAGUAGAUGGUAAGGAAGUGAAGAAAUUGGAGAAAACUUUCAAGGAGGGUAAAACUGUACGUCUCCGAGUUCUUGGGUUUAGGCAUCUAGAAGGACUUGCAACUGGUUCUUUGAAGACCAGUGCAUUCGAAGGAUCAAUUUUUACUCACUCUGAUGUCAAACCUGGAAUGGUGGUAAAAGCUAAAGUUAUAACUGUAGACAGUUUUGGCGCCAUUGUGCAAUUUGCAAGUGGUGUGAAAGCGCUAUGCCCUCUACGACAUAUGUCAGAAUUUGAAAUAGUAAAACCCAGGAAGAAGUUCCAGGUGGGAUCUGAAUUAGUCUUUCGUGUGCUUGGCUGCAAGUCGAAGAGGAUUACAGUUACACACAAGAAAACUCUUGUUAAAUCUAAACAUAAAAUUCUCAGCUCAUUCUCUGAUGCUACUGAGGGACUGAUAACACAUGGAUGGAUAACAAAGAUUGAAAAACAUGGUUGCUUUGUUCGGUUCUACAAUGGAGUGCAAGGUUUUGCUCCACGGUUUGAACUUGGAUUAGAUCCUGGCUGUGACAUAAGCUCAAUGUAUCAUGUUGAACAAGUUGUUAAGUGCCGAGUUGUCAGUUCUAACCCUUCUUCAAAACGAAUCAACCUCAGUUUUACAACUACACCAAUGAGGUUGUCUGAGAAUGAAAUGGUUAAACUAGGAAGUGUUGUUUCUGGAGCCGUUGAACUAGUUACGCCUGAUGCUAUUGUGGUAAUCAUCAACAAUGCUCAAAUGGGUUUGAAAGGAACCAUUCAUCCUGAGCAUUUAUCUGAUCAUCGUGGUCUUGCCGGUUUAAUGAAGUCUGUCUUGAAGCCUGGAUUUGAAUUUGACCAGCUUUUGGUUCUCGAUAUUGAAGGUUGCAAUUUGGUACUUUCUGCCAAAUACUCACUCAUCAGCACAGCUGCGCAACUUCCGCUGGAUGUUAGUCAUGUUUCUCCCCAUUCGGUGGUGCAUGGGUACAUUUGUAACAUAAUUGAGAGUGGUGUGUUUGUUCGCUUUCUAGGACGUUUGACUGGAUUUUGUCCCAGAAGCAAGGCUACUGAUGACAGGAGGUUUGAAGCUUCUGAAACCUUCUAUGUUGGGCAAUCAGUUCGUACAAACAUACUUGAUGCUAAUGGCGAAUCUGGUCGAAUAACAGUAUCUUUGAAGCAGUCAUUAUGCUCUUCAACGGAUGCUACAUUUAUUCAAGAAUACUUUCUUUCUGAGCACAAGAUUGCUGAGCUUCCAUCCUUGGGCUCAGAUACUGGACUGAGUUGGACAGAUGAGUUUGCUCUUGGUAGCAUCGUUGAGGGAAAAGUUCAUGAAAUAAAAGAAUUUGGUGUUGUUAUCACUUUUGACAAAUAUGAUGAUGUUUUUGGAUUUAUCUCAGAGUACCAGUUGGGUGGAGUCAAAGUGGAUUUAGGCUCUACCAUUCAAGCUGCAGUAAUUGAUGUUUCCAAGACAGAGCGCCUCUUGGAUUUAUCUUUAAAGCCCGAAUUUGUUAAUGUAUCAAAACCACAGGCUUCAAAUGAAAAAAUUCGGAGAAAGAAACGCAAAGUCGAAGAUAAACAAGAUUUAGAGGUGAAUCAAUCUGUUAAUGCAGUGGUGGAGAUAGUCAAGGAAAAUUAUGUGGUUCUUUCAAUUCCAGCAUGCAAUAACGCCUUGGGUUAUGCAUCUUCGAAUGAUUUCAACACUCAAAAUCUCUCAUUGACUCAAUUUGUUAUUGGGAAAAGUGUCAAUGCAACCAUCAUGUCCCUUCCUGAUCCUUCAACUAGCGGGAGAUUGCUUUUGCUGCUUAAAGCUAUGGGAAAUGUUUCAGCGAGUUCAAGUUCAAAAAGAGGAAAAAAGAAUUCUAGCUAUGAUGUUGGAUCUCUUGUCCAAGCAGAAAUCACAGACAUAAAGCCUUUUGAAUUAAGAGUGAAAUUUGGAUCUCGAUUCCAUGGUAGAGUACACAUAACUGAGGUAACAGAGGAUAAUGCUGCAGAAGACCCCCUUAGUCACUUCCGAAUAGGACAGACUUUGGAUGCAAGAAUCAUUUCUAAGGGCAGUAGAUCUGAAACUAAAACAAGCUCUGUGUGGGAGCUAUCCACCAAACCCUCUGUGCUUGCAGGUCCAAGGGAUAUAAAUACUCCGCACGAUGAUUUCAAUUACUCAACAGGCCAACUCAUAUCUGGUUUUGUGUAUAAAGUGGACAGUGAAUGGGUGUGGCUAUCUAUAUCUCGAGAUGUUAGAGCACAGAUUUAUAUCUUAGACAGCUCCGCAGAACCUAGUGAGCUCAAAGAGUUCCAGAAAAGGUUCUUUAUUGGUAAGGCUGUUUCUGGUUAUGUCUUACGUGUUAACAAGGAGAAGAGAUUGUUGCGUUUAGUUCUUCAGCCAUUGCUUGUUACACCCGAAGAAGUUAAUACAGCUGAAAGUGAGAGAUGCCAUAUUCGCAAAGGCAGUUUUUUGGGUGGCAGAAUUUCCAAAAUCUUCCCCGGCGUUGGUGGCUUGCUUAUUCAAAUUGGUGUGCACCUGUUUGGCAAGGUUCACUUUACUGAACUAUGUGACCUGUGGGUCUCUGAUCCAGUGUUUAGUUAUAGUGAAGGACAGUUUGUCAAAUGCAAGGCCCUAGAAGUCGGUCUUUCAGCCAAUGGUACUAUUCACAUUGAUCUCUCCUUACGAUGGAAUUCAGAUGCCACGAACAAUCAAGAUAUUUCUGUGCAGGAUAAUGUGCCAUCUCGGAUGGGAAGUGUACUAGACAUCAAGGAUCUUCAUCCAGAUAUGACUGUGCAGGGUUAUGUAAAGAAUGUGACUCCAAAAGGAUGCUUCAUAAUGCUCUCACGCAAGGUUGAUGCAAGAGUUCUAGUCUCAAAUUUGUCUGAUGGGUUCAUUGAAAACCCUGAAAAAGAAUUCCCUGUGGGAAAGCUUGUCACUGGAAAGGUGGUAUCAGUUGAACCAUUAUCUGGGCGAGUUGAAGUUACUCUGAAAACAUCAAGAUCAGUUGCAUCCCAAAAGUCCGACAUUGAUGCUUUCAGCAACAUCACUGUUGGAACCAUUAUUUUGGGGAGAAUUAAGCGUGUUGAACCUUAUGGGCUGUUUAUUUCAAUUGAUCACUCAAAUCUGGUUGGCUUGUGCCAUGUUUCAGAACUUUGUGAUGAGCGUGUGGACAAUAUCCAAACUAGAUAUAAUGCUGGAGAUACUGUGAGAGCAAAGAUUCUAAAGGUGGAUAAGGAAAUGCACCGAAUAGCCCUUGGCAUGAAAAAUUCAUACUUUCGAGAUGAGGAUAGUGAAUCUAUUCAAACAACAUCAAGAGACAUUACUAACAGCACUUCCAAAGGGGACGCCACUUUCAUCAGUACAAACUCACCAGUGUUGCUAGAAAACGGAUCUGCAAGAUUCUGUAACUUUGAGGUUUCAGCUGUAGAUGUAACAGGCCAUAUUCUAACUGAAGUAGAAUCUAGAGCCUCCAUUCCUCCACUUGAAGUCCCUCUUAAUGAUAUAGAAAACUCAGACACUGAGGAUGCUGUCAACAAAGAUCCAGAUCAGACUAGUGGUGCAAAUAUAAUUGAUGGGAAGGAGAAGAAGCGUGCAAUGAAGAAGGCAAAGAAAGAGAGGGAACUAGAAAUUAGGGCAGCUGAGGGAAGACUGCUUGAAAAAGAUAUUCCCAGGAAUACCGAUGAGUUUGAGAAAUUAGUUCGUAGUUCUCCGAAUAGCAGCUUUGUGUGGAUAAAGUACAUGGCCUUCAUGCUUUCUAUGUCUGAUGUAGAAAAGGCUCGAUCUAUAGCUGAGAGGGCUUUGAGUACAAUAAACAUUCGAGAAGAGUCUGAAAAGCUAAAUGUUUGGGUUGCUUAUUUCAAUUUGGAAAUGGAAUAUGGAAAUCCUCCACAGGAAGCUGUUGCGAAAGUAUUUAAAACAGCAUUGCAGUACGUGGAUCCUAAAAAGUUGCACCUAGCCUUAUUGGGCGUCUAUGAAAGAUCUGAGCACCACAACCUGGCAGACGAGCUGCUAGAGGUGAUGGUGAAGAAGUUCAAGCAUUCCUGCAAGGUUUGGCUGAGGUAUGUGCAGUGGCUUCUAAAGCAAAACCGCGACAACAUCCAGACAAUUGUGAACCGUGCCCUUCUGUGCCUUUCCAAGCACAAACAUAUCAAACUCAUAACUCAGAUUGCAAUUCUCGAGUUCAAAUGUGGGGUCGCUGAUAGAGGAAGAUCUAUGUUUGAAGGAAUGCUUAGGGAAUAUCCAAAGCGUACCGACUUGUGGAGUGUAUAUCUUGACCAGGAAAUUCGGUUGGGUGAUACAGAUGUGACUCGUUCAUUGUUUGAAAGAGCUAUAAGUCUUAGCCUCCCGCCUAAAAAGAUGAAGUUCCUAUUCAAGAAGUAUCUCGCGUAUGAGAAAAGUCUCGGAGACGAAGAUAGGAUCGAAUACGUGAAGCAAAAAGCCACGGAAUAUGCCGAUACCCUUUCUUGAGUUGUGAUGAUACAACCCUCUUAUGGCAUUCUUGGGCACCACUAGCUUCACUGUAAGAAGCUUCGAAGGUAUCCCGCUGAAGGCUAUUUUCGUUCUGGAAAUUUUGUUGUAGGAUUAGGCGAAUCAUGUUUUGUAUUUUUGAGAAAAAUGACCACAGGAAAUACUGAGACCUGAGAUGUAAAUUUAAGAUUUGCUUGCUUCCCCUUAGGCUCCUUAUUAUUGUAAUUUAUCAACUGAUCUUUUUACAAGAUUAUAAUGUAAUUGAAGUUGGGUGUGAUAGGUUUUGUUUCGCUUUUUCUUUUUUUAAUAUCACUGGUGGUUUAAUGCCAACUCACCCUGUCCCAUUUUAUGUUAGGGAAAUUUACCUAAAUAACAAUAAAAUAUAGUGACUUUU